GUUGAAAAGUAGGCAAAGUGUAAUCUAUCAGCACAGCGAGAGAGACAGGCUGCUUUUAAAACACGCACACACUCACACGCUCACGCGCUUGUUUUGGAAAAGCACGUGGCAAAAACGCUCGCGAAGAAAACCGGGAGGGAGAGAGAAAGCCGCCGAGAGCGCGCACAGAAAACUUUUCUCUCUGUCUGUCGGUCUGAAGCUGCAGUCUGUUACCUGCACUCACUCAGCAGCGCUCCGUUGGUGCCACCCGAAACAGGGCGCGCUAACGCGCACACGCGCAUCCAGACACACUCUUCAUCAUCCACAGAGCCUCUGUCUCUGCGUGUGUGUCUCGCGGAUCCUCGGGCGAAGAAGCUGCGAUGACCCUGUCCGGCGCAGGCGGCGGUGACAUGUCCGGGCACACGACGCUCGCACCUGACGACGUGGACAUCGACGUGGUCGGGGAGGGCGACGACUGCGACUGCGACGACAGCAUCGGCCUCGGCAGCGGGCUGGAGCGCGAUGACAGCGACUGCGAGGGCGCGCGGGUGGCGCGCGGCGUGCUCCUCGACGACGACGACGAGAUGGAGGACGUGGUGGGAGAGGAAGACGCGGACGUGAAGGAGCGCAGGAACGGCGCCGACUGUAAAGGCGACGGCGAGGAGGAGAGCGGAGGAGGAGCGGGAGGAGGCAGCGCCGGUGACUCGUGCGCCCCGACGGCCUCCUCCAAGCCCAAGAACGCGCUGGUGAAGCCCCCCUACUCCUACAUCGCGCUCAUCACCAUGGCCAUUCUCCAGAGCCCCCAGAAGAAGCUGACUCUAAGCGGCAUCUGCGAGUUCAUCAGCAACCGCUUCCCCUAUUACCGGGAGAAGUUUCCCGCGUGGCAGAACUCCAUCCGACACAACCUGUCGCUCAAUGACUGCUUCGUCAAGAUCCCACGCGAACCGGGCAACCCGGGCAAGGGCAACUACUGGACCCUGGACCCCCAGUCCGAGGACAUGUUCGACAACGGCAGCUUCCUGCGCCGCCGCAAGCGCUUCAAGCGACAGCCCGACAUCCUGCGAGACCAGGCGGCGCUGGUGAUGCACGGCUUCGGUGCCGCGUACGGCCCAUACGCACGCCCUUACGGUGGCGUGCACCCGGCGGCGGCGGUGGCAUACGCGCACGCGCAGGCGCACGCGCACGCAGCUGCCCUUCAGUACCCUUACGUGUCGCCCGCCGUUGGACACGUGCUGCCACCCGCCGUGCCACUGUUACCCUCCGCGGCCGAACUAAGCAGGAAGGCUUUCGGCGCGCAACUGGCGCAGCUCGCGCCAGGCCUUCAUCUGCAGCUGGGGGGCCUUACCGGCACCGGUGGAGGACCAGUGGCGGCCACGACCACAGCGCCCAUUACGCCUUCUUCCAUCAAGCGCGAGCCCUCGUGCCCGCGACCCUCCUUCACCAUCGAGAACAUUAUCGCCGGCAACAACACCAGCACUAACAACAGCAGCAGCGGGACGGGCGCACCGGCGUUCUUCCGGUCUCAGGUGCUCGGCGCGCCCUCGCUGUCUCUUGCGCGGACGUCGCCCGUGCUCGGCGCGCACACGACUCUUCUCCCAGGACAGUUUCUGACCGCGACCAGCACGGCGUUGCCCUCAAAAUGGGCUUCGCAGUGAAAAAAAAAAGACUCACAAAAACAAAAAACUAAUUUUUUUACUGUAAUAUUUAAAGGAGGGAUGAAGAGACUGUAGCACUGGAGCGGCCGCCGCACUGUAGCCAUGUACAGAGAAAACAGACAAAACACAUGUGCACAUGAGUGGAGGGAGGAUGAGCCUAGCACAGGUAACACCUGUACAUAUUUGUAUAAAAGAAAUGAAACAUAUACGUGCUCCACAAUUAUUUUGUCUUUAUGUUUCAUUACUGUUUUAUUGUGUUCGUUCACCUGCUGUUGAAACAGUCCACUUUUCCUCUCCAUUGUUUUCCAUUCUGUAUAUGGAUGUAACAUGGGAUACAGAUGUUCACAUAUAUUAUAUAUAUGUGAUGGAAAAUAUUUACAUCAUUAUUGAGAGAUUUGUUUUCCACUAUAUAUUUUGCCUUUUAUAUAUAAUGAAAACAAAAGAAAUACACACACGCACAUAUAUACACGCAAGAAGGGUGUGUAGGUGUGUGUGUGUUUCUCUCUCUCUUUAGGUGAUUCUGUUACUGGAUUUAUUCUUGUCGUUUUUUAUUUUGUUUGUAUUAUAAAAUAUCAAAUGUUCUUGUUCCACAACUGGACAAGUAGUCUGUUUAUAUCAGAUUCAUAUAUAUGUAUUCUAUGUAGCUAUAUUGUGUUGUAAAUUGAAUACGUUUGUUAAUAAAUAUUUUUUAAAAAGA